ACCCGGCGCGGUGGGUAUGCCGGCGGAGCACGUGGCGCGUGCGCUGUCCACAUGCCGCAGGAGCCGCGUCGCCGCCGCUGACCGGCCGGCAGUGGUCGCCGCUCGCCCGCCGGACACGCGCGCCCGUCCGGCGACACCCUGCCCUCCCCUCGCCGCGACACGUGCGCCCCUCCGGCGACACCCUCCCCUCGCCGCGACACGCGAGCAUGACGUGAUACCAUGCCGGAGGCGAACCUGCCGGCCGACGUCACCAGCGCCUUCACCGUCCUCAACCAUGAGGAGGAGAAGCCGCGCGAGGGCUUGCAGCCGUCCAGCCGCUCCGUGAACGUGGUCCGCCCGCAGCCGCGUGCGCCCGUCGUCUCCUCCGCCGCCGCCGCCGCCGCCGCCGCCACCGCCGGCCCCGGCCCCGUCCCCGCGCCCGCCCCCGCCCCUGCGAUGGGCGCACAGCCCGCGGCGCGCACUCUCCUCGACCCGAAAUUUUCGCGCGCCCUCGACUUCAAACUCCGCCGCCUCAAGGAGAAGGAGAUCCUCCAGGCGAACCUCCGCCGCCCGACCCGCUUUCGUCCGCGGAACGGGCUCGCCGCCUCCGACCCGAACGUCAGCCUGCUGGACCGAACCUCCCCCGGGAAACACAGCCGGUCUCACCCGCGGAUAGACGUCAUACGGCCCGACGACGACGACGCCGACAUCGCUCCGAAGAUGAACAAGUCGCCGUCCCCGCCGGGGUGGAAGAACCGCCUGCGCAAAAUAUCCGGCUCGAACGACGGAGACAAGCCGAGAUUCAUCACCACCGUCAAAACUGGCCAGUUUCUUCUGCCCCCGCCGGAAGUGGCGAACCUGCUGGGUCUCCAAACGUUGUACCCCCCUCGGGAGCGGGAGAAAAUUGUAUACUCGUAUGCCAGCAAGCCGAAGGCGGUGGUGGCGCGGCAGAAGCGCUCGGUGACAGACAAGAAGGACGGCGAACCGAACGACACAUCGACGAAGUCAGGCCCCGGGGCCUCCGCGGCGGCGGCGGCGGCGGCGCGGCGGCUGCACGCCGGCAACGUGUUCAGCGGCGUGCGCGCGCUCGUCGCCGGCGUGGUCGGCAUGCACCGCCUCGUAGAACAGAGGGACCAACUCGGCAGCCUGGCGCCGGCGCACGCGCCCUACUCCAACGUGAUGCACGACAAGCGCGUGGUGCGCGGCAGCACCUUCGCCACGCACGCGCAUGCAGCGGGCGAUGGCGUGGAGAGUGCAGCAGCGCGAGCAGCUCGCACGCGGCGGCGGGCGAUGGCGCGACGCGCGGCGGCCGCGCGGCUGCGGCCCGGCACGCCGCCGCCCGCGCCCGGACGACGGCACCACCCCAUACAGACCGACUACUACCUCGAGGAGUUGUUCGACAAGGGCGUGGAGAUGGAGGUGGGCGUGCAGACGGACCUGUUCGCGGACCGGCCGCCCACGCCCCUCUACGUGCCGGCCAAGACCGGCGCCGACGCAGGCACGCAGAUCUACCCCGGAGACCUGUUCGACUUCGACUUGGAGGUGCAACCGAUCCUGGAGGUGCUGGUGGGCAAGACGGCGGAGCAGGCACUGGCGGAGGUGGCGCAGGAGGAGGAGCUGGCGGCCCUGCGCGAGCACCAGCGCCGAUACACCGAGCUGCGAGACGCCGAGCGAGCCGAGCGGGCGCGCCUCGCAGCGCAGGACAUGCGCCUCAACCAGGAGAAGGAGCGGCGCGUGGCAGAGGCGCGCGUGUCCGCGCAGGCGGCUGUGGAAGCGCGCUCGCGGGCGGCGGCGGGCGUGCUGGUGCAGGGGUACCUGGCCGACCUGCUGCCCGCCGUGCUGGCCGGCCUGCGCGACCAGGGGCACCUGCUGGAGCGCGUGCAGCGCGGACUCGACGAUGAGUUCAUGCCCUGGCUGCUGCGGCAGGUCUCCAGCGAGGUGGAGGCGCUCAUCACCAGCCGCGACGUGCUCACCGAGAUCGUGCGCGAGGUGGUGGAGGCGCGCGCGGAGCUGCACCGCGGUGCCGGAGAGCGCGCCGCGUUACGAGCCGUAGGUUAGGCAGGAUUAGUGAUAGAGACAGUUUGUGUGGGUGCAGAGAUCGUGCGCGAGGUGGUGGAGG